AAUUGGCAUUUUAUUGAUUGACUGAACUGGUGUAAAAAAUAAAAAUUUCAUUACUAGUAGUAAUUAAUUGGUGAGUUUGUUGUUGGAAAUUAUUUGGAGAUGAUAAUGGCAGAACUGGUAAUAAAGAAAAGAUCCAAGUGCAUUGUUGUGGGAUAAAUGUGAGUGACUGCAUAGACAACUCAAAGUCUCACAUAGUCAAUUAAAAGUGUCGGUCCGUAAGACCCUUGUCUUUGCUGUCUCUUCACUCCUUCACUCCACUGUGUCUGUUUUUUCUCAGCUCUUCCAAUGGCUAAAGACACAACUAGUACUAGUACUAGCACACUGCUAUCUGCCGGAAACACUAAGCCAUUGAUAGCCACAUUGCUUGCCUUCACCCUUGUCAUGCUCAUAUGGAAUCUUCAACCUUACUACGAUACCAUCCUUAAUUCACCUGCCUCUCCCACUCCCUCUUCUUCUAAACUCUCCAUCACUAGUGACGACCCUAACAAACGAACCUUCCGUACCUACGGCAAUGCCGCCUCUCUCUUCGUCCAAAUGGGCGCCUAUCGCGGCGGUCCCAACACUUUUGCUGUCGUUGGUCUCGCUUCCAAGCCCCUUCACGUCUAUGGCCGCCCUUGGUACAAAUGUGAGUGGAUACCCAACAGCAAUGGCAGUGGCAGCUCCCUCAAGGCAAAGGCCUAUAGGAUACUCCCCGACUGGGGCUACGGCCGUGUCUACACUGUGGUUGUUGUCAACUGCACAUUUGCUGUUAAUCCUAAUCCUGAUAAUAAAGGAGGGAAGCUCAUUCUCUACGCUUACUACGGCGAGUCACCCAAGAGAUACGAGAAAAUCACGGCAUUGGAGGAAGCACCGGGGUCUUACAACGAGUCCAAGUUCAGCCCCCCGUAUCCCUACGACUAUUUGUAUUGCGGUUCCUCCUUGUAUGGGAAUUUGAGCGCGUCCAGGAUGAGGGAGUGGAUGGCCUACCACGCCUGGUUUUUUGGACCAAGCUCCCAUUUCGUGUUUCAUGAUGCUGGUGGGGUGUCGCAGGAGGUAAGGGCGGUGCUGGAGCCGUGGAUACGUGCUGGUAGAGUCACGCUUCAGGACAUAAGGGACCAGGCAGAGUUCGAUGGCUACUAUUACAACCAGUUUUUGGUGGUGAAUGACUGCCUCCAUCGCUACCGACAUGCUGCCAAUUGGACCUUCUACUUCGAUGUGGACGAGUACAUUUAUCUUCCCGAUGGCAACACUACUCUCGAAUCUGUUUUAAGAGAGUUCUCCAACAAUACUCAGUUCACCAUUGAGCAAAAUGCCAUGUCCAGCAUGCUCUGCUUGAAUGAUUCCUCUCAGGACUAUUCCAGGCAAUGCGGUUUUGAGAAGUUGCUGUUUAGGGACUCGAGGACGAACAUUAGGAGAGACCGAAAGUAUGCCAUACAGGCAAAAAAUGCAUAUGCAACAGGGGUACACAUGUCGGAAAAUGUAGUAGGAGGAACAUUGCACCAGACUGAAACCAAGAUCCGCUACUAUCAUUAUCACAACUCCAUCACUGUACACGAGGAGCUCUGUCGUGAGCUUGUACCCAUGUCCGCUAAGCAGAACAUUACCUGGUUCGAUAAGCUACCCUAUGUAUACGAUGACAACAUGAAGAAACUCGCCCAAACCAUCAAGGAUUUUGAGCGAAAUACUAUUAAUGCAGCUCCUAACCACCAUACCAACAACUCAUAGGAUCAGUUCAUCAUAUUUAUUUACUUCCCCAUUCCAUAGUACGGUAUUAAAUCAUUUUACCUGAUUAUAGAGAAUUUUACUGAUCACCACAAUGAAGAGAAGGACCAACCUUGAAUUCUAAA